AUGAAUCAUCCAGAAGGCAUGAAAACCGAAUGUUUCAGCACAAAUCUUCUGACGGGCUCAUGGAUCUCUCCUUAUGAAUCAUCUAGAAUUCUUGAGAUUUCCCUCCUUGUCGUUUAUGGUACGAGUUCCUUUCUAGCUCUCAUCUGCUAUGAAGGCUUGCUAACUCUCAGUGUUGUCGAAAAUCACAGCGGUCUCUAUAAUAAAACGCUGUCUUUCAUGGCAUAUGUUUUCAUGGUAAUGGGUAUCGACGCCAUGUCUUCGUUCCUGUCGGCCGCUAUUCUUUUAUGCGGCGUGCAACGGCGCCUUCAUCGCAAAAGUCUGAAAGCUGCCCCAGGCAGUCUCGUUGUAUUGUUUGCGAUGGAGCGUCGUCAUGUCAAAUAUCGCAUGGCCAACGACAAUUCUACGAACAGCUAUUGUGUUUUUAUGCGUAUUUCUUAG